AUGAAGGAUACUACCAAAAACCCUCAGCCGGUCUCGGCUUCUCACAACGAGAACGUCCCUUCACAAGACAGCGUUCCCACAUACCAAGACCGCACCAAGAAGGGCCUCAUCGUCGGAGGAAAGUUUCGAAAUGAACUCUCUGACCAACAGUCACAAGAAUACGACAGCAGCCUCCUCCAAGAAGUCGACAUCGAUCUCCCUCUUACCCUCACCAAACCCCAGGAACACAAUGGCGAGCAAUACAUCGUGCUCGACUUCGUUGAAGGCGAUAAGGAAAAUCCAUUCAACUGGGAUGGACGCCGAAAGGCUUUCAUUGCCACUCUUCUUUGCUUGAUGACCCUUUUCAUUGGUCUGGCCACUACUGCAUACAGCUCUGGUAUCGGCAAGAUGGUUGAUGAGCUGCACACCACCACCAUCAUUGGCCAGCUUGGUCUGUUCUGCUUCAACUUCACCUGUGCCCUGGCUCCUCUCUUCCUCGCUCCGUUCUGUGAGUUGGCUGGUCGCCGUGUCAUCUACGUUGGUGCCUAUGUCUGCUUCUGUUUGAUGUUUAUCGGUCUUGCCCUUGGCAAGAACAUUGCUACCAUCCUCGUCUGCCGUUCUUUGCUUGGUCUGUUCGGUUGCGUCGGCACCAUUCUUGUCGGUGGUACCUUCGGUGACAUGUACACCCCCGAGCACCGUGCCAUCCCCAUGGCAUGCUUCUCCUUCAUCGCCAUUCUGGGUACAGUCGGUGCCCCCAUUUACGCCGGUUUCAUCGAUCAGGCUCUUGGCUGGCGCUGGCUCGAGGGUAUCCAGGGUCUUGCCAACAUUCCUCUGGGUGUCAUGAUCGUCAUCUUCCUCCCCGAGACCCGUGGCAGUGUCUGCCUCUCCAAGCGCGCGAAGAAGAUUCGCCAGGCCACCGGUGAUGAGCGCUUCGUCACCAUCAACGAUAUCGAAGCUCCCGGAAUCAAGCACAUGCUGCACAACUCCUCCGUCAAGGCUGUCAAGAUGCUUUUCACCGAGCCCGUCGUCUUCGCCUUCGGUCUCUGGAUCUCUUUCGCCUGGUUCCUGGCCUUCCUCUUCUUGUCCGUGAUUCCCAUCACCUUCCAGGAGAAGCGUGGCUGGAACGAAGGUGUCUCUGGACUUCCCUACAUCUCCCUCUGCCUCGGUACCACUAUCGGUUUCGGCAUGAACUUCCUCCAAAUCCGCAAGUACAAGUCCCUCACCCAGGACCCCAAUGUGCAGGUCUCUCCCGAGGCUCGUCUGUACGGUGCUCUCUUCGGUGCCGUCUGGUUGCCCGUCGGUCUGUUCAUCUACAGCUUCACCCAGUACAAGGGUCUCCACUGGAUCGGACCUGUCAUCGGACUUGCCCUGAUCACCAUCGGUAUCUUCUUCAUCUUCGAGUCCUGCUACAGUUACACUUCCGACUGCUACGGCGAACACUCCUCCUCCGCCAUUGCUGGACAGGGUUUCAUGCGUAACACCCUCGGUGCCGUGUCACCCCUCUUCGCCUCCCAGUUCUUCCACAACCUGGGCAGCCAGUACGCUGGCUUGCUCCUGGCUUUGGUCGCGACUUUCUUGACCUUCAUUCCAUUCGUCUUGUACAAGUUUGGUCCCGCGCUGCGCGCACGAUCCCGACUUGCCAGUGCCACGGUCAAUGGCACCGACUAA